ACGCAAGAGACGCACCUGUCGGGCUCCGGACUCCUGCAGCUUUUCCUCCCGUUCGGGCGGGUCAGGGCCGGAGGGGUCCCGAACCCGCAGCCCCAGAUUCCUAGCCCGAGUUCGCUUGGGGGCCGCAGUCGGUCUGGAUGAUGAGGAAGGAAGGGGCGGUGGCUUGACCGCCAUCCUACUUUUCCUCCCGAGUUGGAGCAUGGAUCCAAUUUGAGUCUAUUGAGAGUGAAGUGAGCUUGGAGAUUUUUCAUUUUUGAUUCGGGGUAAGAAGCAGGUUGGCGUUAGGAGAGCCCUUCAGAGCGAGAGGGUUUAACUUCAUGCUGCUUCCUGUGUUUUAAGGACGGCCAAAAAAGAAUAAUAAAAAACACCCAACAGCCCCCAAGUCCCACCUGGCAUGUUUUACGUAACGUCUUCACUAGAAAACACCAGGUAUCUUUAAAGUCGCGCUGCUUCUCCGUGUGUGCCGAGCUCUGCCCCACGCUGGCUAGGCUUUAGGUCCGAAACAGAUGCAGAACCCAAAGGCAGCGCAAAACACAGCCACGGACUUUGCUAUGCCUCUGAGCUGCGAGAAAAUCCAGCAGCUAAAUGGAGUCUGAGCAGCUGUUCCAUAGAGGCUACUAUCGUAACAGCUACAACAGCAUAACCAGUGCAAGCAGCGAUGAGGAGCUUUUAGAUGGAGCAGGUGUGAUCAUGGACUUCCAGACUUCUGAAGAUGACAAUUUGUUAGAUGGUGACACAGCAGUUGGAACUCAUUAUACAAUGACAAAUGGAGGCAGCAUUAACAGUUCUACACAUUUACUGGACCUUUUGGACGAACCAAUUCCAGGUGUUGGUACAUAUGAUGAUUUUCAUACUAUUGACUGGGUGCGAGAGAAAUGCAAAGACAGAGAAAGGCAUAGACGGAUCAACAGCAAAAAGAAAGAAUCAGCAUGGGAAAUGACAAAAAGUUUGUAUGAUGCAUGGUCAGGAUGGCUUGUGGUAACACUAACAGGACUGGCAUCAGGGGCGCUAGCCGGCUUAAUAGACAUUGCUGCUGACUGGAUGACUGAUCUAAAGGAGGGCAUUUGUCUUAGUGCGUUGUGGUACAACCAUGAACAGUGCUGUUGGGGAUCAAAUGAAACAACAUUUGAAGAGAGGGAUAAGUGUCCACAGUGGAAAACAUGGGCAGAGCUAAUCAUAGGUCAAGCAGAGGGCCCUGGGUCUUACAUCAUGAACUACAUAAUGUACAUCUUCUGGGCUUUGAGUUUUGCCUUUCUUGCUGUAUCUCUGGUAAAGGUAUUUGCUCCAUAUGCCUGUGGCUCUGGCAUUCCAGAGAUUAAAACUAUUUUGAGUGGAUUUAUCAUCAGAGGCUACCUGGGAAAAUGGACUUUAAUGAUUAAAACCAUCACGUUGGUACUGGCUGUGGCAUCAGGUUUGAGUUUAGGAAAAGAAGGUCCCUUGGUACAUGUUGCCUGUUGCUGUGGAAAUAUUUUUUCCUACCUCUUUCCAAAGUAUAGCACAAAUGAAGCAAAAAAGAGGGAGGUGCUGUCAGCUGCCUCAGCUGCAGGUGUUUCUGUAGCCUUUGGUGCACCAAUUGGAGGAGUUCUCUUUAGUCUAGAGGAGGUUAGCUAUUACUUUCCUCUCAAAACUUUAUGGAGAUCAUUUUUUGCUGCUUUAGUGGCUGCAUUUGUUUUGAGAUCCAUCAAUCCAUUUGGUAACAGCCGCCUGGUCCUUUUUUAUGUGGAGUAUCAUACACCAUGGUACCUUUUUGAACUAUUCCCUUUUAUUCUCCUAGGAGUAUUUGGAGGGCUUUGGGGAGCCUUUUUUAUUAGGGCAAAUAUUGCCUGGUGUCGUCGACGCAAAUCCACCAAAUUUGGAAAGUAUCCUGUUCUUGAAGUCAUUAUUGUUGCAGCCAUCACUGCUGUGAUAGCCUUCCCUAACCCAUACACUAGGCUCAACACCAGUGAACUAAUUAAAGAGCUUUUUACAGAUUGUGGUCCCCUGGAAUCCUCUUCUCUUUGUGACUACAGAAAUGACAUGAAUGCCAGUAAAAUUGUCGACGACAUUCCUGAUCGUCCAGCGGGCGUUGGAGUGUACUCGGCUAUCUGGCAACUUUGCUUAGCACUCAUAUUUAAAAUCAUAAUGACAGUGUUCACUUUUGGGAUCAAGGUCCCAUCAGGCUUGUUCAUCCCCAGCAUGGCUAUUGGAGCAAUCGCGGGGAGGAUUGUGGGGAUUGCCGUGGAGCAGCUUGCCUACUAUCACCAUGACUGGUUUAUCUUCAAGGAGUGGUGUGAGGUCGGGGCUGACUGCAUCACACCUGGUCUUUAUGCCAUGGUUGGUGCUGCUGCAUGCCUAGGUGGUGUGACAAGAAUGACUGUCUCCCUGGUGGUUAUUGUUUUUGAGCUUACUGGAGGCUUGGAAUACAUUGUUCCCCUCAUGGCUGCAGUAAUGACCAGUAAAUGGGUUGGUGAUGCCUUUGGUAGGGAAGGCAUUUAUGAAGCACACAUCCGGUUAAAUGGAUACCCUUUCCUGGAUGCAAAAGAAGAAUUCACUCAUACCACUCUGGCUGCUGAUGUCAUGAGACCUAGAAGGAAUGACCCUCCCUUAGCUGUCUUGACACAGGACAAUAUGACAGUAGAUGACAUAGAAAACAUGAUUAAUGAAACCAGCUACAAUGGCUUUCCUGUCAUAAUGUCAAAGGAAUCUCAGAGAUUAGUGGGAUUUGCUCUCAGAAGAGACCUGACAAUUGCAAUAGAAAGCGCCAGAAAGAAACAAGAAGGCAUCGUCGGCAGCUCUAGGGUGUGUUUUGCACAGCAUACCCCAUCGCUUCCAGCAGAAAGUCCUCGGCCACUGAAACUUCGAAGCAUCCUGGACAUGAGCCCUUUUACAGUGACAGACCAUACCCCAAUGGAGAUUGUGGUGGACAUCUUCCGAAAGUUGGGGCUGAGGCAGUGCCUUGUAACUCACAACGGGAUUGUCUUGGGGAUCAUCACUAAGAAGAACAUUUUAGAGCAUCUCGAGCAACUAAAGCAGCACGUGGAGCCCUUGGCGCCUCCUUGGCAUUAUAACAAAAAAAGAUAUCCUCCGUCAUAUGGCCCAGACGGCAAACCAAGACCCCGCAUCAAUAAUGUUCAACUGAAUUCCAUAGAUGAAGAGAGAGAAGAAACAGAAGAGGAAGUUCGUCUGUUGAGUAGCACAACUCUUUAACCUGAGGGACUUGUCCACUUUUUUUCCUUCUUAAAAAAAAAACAACAAAAAACAAAAAACAGUAUGAGCCAAUGAAGUUCUUGCAACCUGGUUUGCAAGUCAUGCUGGUGGAGUAGAGGAAUUGUUUGGAAGGGAAAGGAGAGAGGUAGUUCCCUAACUGGAGCAGUAAAUCAUCUCAUGCCGUUCUAUACUGGCUACAUCAUGGCAGAUGUGCCAUGAUGGCGUAGGCCUGAGCCUCCAUGGAGUUGACCUGGAGUCCUUGAGCACCUGGCUGUUACUUCAGCAUCUCAGAGACACAUUAUUAUCCCUGUUUCUGGAGGGAUUACUUUGAAGUGAGCCAUCUACUAAGACUGCAAGGUCUUGCCUUUUUUUAUCAGCACUGUUCUGUUUAAUUCAUGAAUUAUAUAGUUAAGCAUUACAUUUCUACAUUCCAGAAGAGCUUUUCUUUCUUUCCCUCUCUCCUGAGCUGUAACAAAGCCUCUUUAAUUGGUGUACCCUUUUGAAGCAGUCCUUUCUCAUAUUGAGAUGUACUGUAAUUUUCCUGAGGUUUCAUCACAAGAAAGGAAUGUUUCUUGUGCCAUUAACCAUGAAGUCCUACCAUCAUUAAGGCUUGGAACAGUGCAUACAAAGGCUGGCCAAACAGGUUAAAAUCCUGAAGUAUGAACAAAAUCCCCAGCUUAUGUGCUGUGUGGUUCAGAACUGAAAACAAACUUCACUUUGAACUGUUUUAUUUUUCCUCUCAGAUUUUAUGGAUAAUGUGACCUGGUCUUAUGCAAAUUUUCUAUUUCUAAAAUUACUACUAUGACAUACAAGUGCUGUUCAGCAUAACUAAGCUGCUGCUGCGUGACAGUGAUGAGAUGGAAGGAUUCCAUUAGCUGUGUCUGGUAUUAAUUGCAUGUUACAACACUGGAUUAUUUUUCCCUUGAAGCUAUAUCAGUCCUUUUCUUUCAAGAUGUUUAACUGCUGACACUGAAGAUGAGGUGUAAUUCAUAACUUGCACUAAAUGUAUAUUUGUUUUCUUAAAAAUUACCAUUCUUAUUUAUAUUUUUAUGGAUUAAAAUUUAUAAAAUACAGAUCAGUUCAUAUCGCACUUAAAUAAUUUUAUCUUUUUAGUGUGGUUUUUAUAGACUAAUUUGACUUACAAAUAUGGAGGUAUAAACGUUUACAAUGGGAGCAAGGGUUUCAGAAAAUGUGGCUCCUUCUCUGUGACCAGUGUGCGCAUAAAUAUACCUUCUUCAGAUCUCUCACUGCCAUCUCCUGGAUUCUGUCUUCUGAUCUGUCCAUUCUGACCCACAAACAGAAAGCUGAAAACACUUAAAUUACUUAGUAGGUGAAAACCAAAACUUAGUGCUAGCCUUUUUUUUUCUUUUAGAAAAAUAAAAUUAAACAAAAUAAUGGAAAUAAUAAAAUUGUAAAGGUAGCAGUUAAAAUUCUAAGCUGAGCAUCACCUUUGAUUGAUGGGUAGUUCCUGUCUGUAUUUGGUGUCCACUGAUGGUUUGAAUAGCUAGAGUGCACAAUGUUUGCAGGAUGAGGUAAAUGCAACACAGAGUAUUAGGAGUUCUGGGAAAUGCCUGUCCUAAUCAUGCUCUUAAUUCGCUAUUGGCAAAGGGAAUUUGCUCAAUAGGCUGGCCUAAAUAUCCCGUGAUUAUGCAUUUUUGAUAGGCAAAUGAAUUUUUUCAGACAUUUUUCUGAAACAACUGGCAAUGAGCCAUUUUUACAUUUUGAAAGUGAUUUCUUCUCUUCCUAGUUCUUAACCAUACCUGGAAGAUCACCUCAGAUCUGUGUGAACUUGAAGACUUACAAGAUCAUGAAGCCAUAUUAGAAUGAUUGAAAGUCGAGCUAAAUUUUAGAAUUUCUUAGCUAUGCUACAAUCUGCCAAAAAAUUAAUAUUUUUUCACGUUACUUAUUUUGCUUGGCAGAUUUUGAGUUCUUUUUUAUAACCCCUUAAGUGUACCUUUGGCUGUGCCCAGUGAAAUAGUUUAAAAUGACAGGUCUGUUUAUUCACAUGAGCAGACCUGCAGUGUGCAAGGCACUGCUCCAGUACCAACUCCUCAGUAUGGCUUAAGGAGAAGCAUGUUUCUUUGUAGAUAGGUUCAUGCACUAAAGCGAACUUGGAUUUUACUGUCCAUAUUUCCUUUUAUUUCAGAUUCUGUUUUCAUGACUCAUCUUGCUUCAGAGACUGACAUUUCAGGGCGGAUAUUCAAACAUAAAUUUUCUUCUUCGUUUUAUGUCUAUCUCUGAUGUGUCUUACUACUAAUAUUGGAAAAGUGCCGAUUUUUGAUGCAUUCAGAGGUUUUCUUUUGUAUUAGCAUCUGUUCUAGUUUUCUUUUUCAUACAUUAAGGUUUAUCUGCUUUUCAACCAAAUGAAAUAGUGGAGACCAUGAAAUACAUGUGCCUCACUAAUUGGCAAACUCGUUGACCAAUAUAAUUAGAGUAGCGCCUUAUUUGAGUACCCUUUUUGAGAAGGUAUGAUGAGAAUGGGCAAGUGUGUCAGCAUCUCGAAUUCUUAUUAAUAACUGUUUUCAGUUUUGGUUCAUGAAGAAUGCUUAGUUUGUUAAUCUGUGAUGUUGCCUAGAGUUGUAUUUAUCUGUUUUUAUUUAUACUAGUGUAGUAAAGCUGCAUAUCAUUACAGUAAAAGUGAUUACUGUGAUGAAUUAACCAGAAAAUCUAUUAAAAUCUCUAUAACAAUG